AUGGGCUCUUCAGUUUCACCCUUGGCGACCCUUGGCAUUCUCUCCAUUGGAGAUAUGGGUGUCGGAAUUGCAAAGCUACUCUCCGCCCACCAAUAUCGCGUUAUUACGAACGCAGAAGGCAGGAGCCAGUCGACGAAAGAUCGUGCUCGGAAUAAUUCAAUUGACCUUGUUACGACGGACGUCGAUCUUUGCAAUCAAGCUGAUUAUAUCCUGUCCAUCGUCCCGCCUCGCGAUGCCCUCGGAACUGCACGGCGUGUCAUCGACGCCUCCUCUAAUUCCUCGUUUGCGAAGCGUGGCAAUCCACUAUACUUCAUCGACUUGAACGCAAUCAGCCCACGUUCAGCGCGUGAGAUAAACGACCUCUUCUCGAAGUCAUCGCCCGAUGUCCGUUUAAUCGACGGUGGAAUCAUCGGCGGUCCACCAAAGCGUCAAGAAGACGGCAAGUGGACCCGCCCAAGUGUCGUCGUUUCCGGACCUCACCGCUUGGUUGAUGCGCAACCUUCCGGCAAACAUCUAGCGGAGGUGUUGAGCAUGAAGCAUGUGAACGACACUAUCGGGUCCGCAACAGGCCUGAAGAUGUGUUUCGCAUCGCUUUCCAAGGGCUUUACAGCGCUGGCCAUCGAGUCGUUCACUACAGCACACAACUUGGGCGUGACUGAGCAGCUCAAGGAGCAUCUCGAGCAGUUCAAUCCCAUGGCUGCGAAGACUGCGGAGCGCGGGCUUGUCAGUAUGCCGCCGAAGGCAUAUAGAUGGGUCCGGGAAAUGGAGGAAAUUGCUGAGACUUUUGAAGCGGAUGGUGGUUUCGAGGAUGACGAGUCCAUCUUCCGGCCAAUUGCGAGGGUCUACGAAUUGGUGGCGAAUGGUACGGAGCUUGGAAGGGAGGUUACUGAGGAUCGAAAGCGUGGCAAGACAGCAGGUGACGUGGCGACUUUGAUGAGCGAAGGGACGCAGCGGCGGAAGCAGAAGACUGAAUGAAGCUAGGACAAUCAUAUGGAUUCCUUGUCGCCACCGUCAUAAGGCU